UUUUGAUAUGCCGUAAUAUAAUGCGCGGACGUUUGAGGGAAGAAAUGUAAUGUAUUUUUGUUUAAUUGAUUGCACGUUGAAAGUGUUAACUAGUGGUUAAAAUGUGUCUGAUUUAUAAUGAUUUUAAUAUUUUUGGGCUUGAUUCUUUAAAAUAGUUAUUGCAAAACUCUUACUAAUGUGGAAACACUUGAAACGCUUUAGUAUUUUGUGUAUUUCAAUUUUCUUGGCUGCCCAUAUUUUAGAACAUAACUAGAAAACUUGAAACUUUCAAUCUUUUGCCAGUUGGAAAAUCUGAAAUUUGUGACAAGACACGCAUACAUUUACUUUAUAAUGGGGAAGAAUUCCAGCUCCAAGAAAGAUCGGAAGAAAGAGCAAGAGGAUGAAGUUGUUAAGCAAAUCAACGAGCAGAAGCUCAAGGCGUUCUCCAUCGGCACCAUGGGCAAGCGACAUGUGUCCAAGAAGGAGCAGGAGGACCAGCGCAAGAAGGAGCAGGAGCAGGCCGCGGCACAGGCGUUCGAGGAGUACGUGGCCACCUUCCAGGAGACGCCGUCCAAGGCCUCCAAGGUGUGGGUGAAGGCGGGCACCUACGACGCCGGCCGUGGCCAGGAGGACACCAGGGAGAAGGGGAAGCUGUACAAGCCACAGUCGCGCCUCUACGACUUUGCGGAGAAGUCGUCCGUGGAGAAGGCCCAGGAGUGCGCCCGCAUUCUCAGCCAGAGCGACCGCAAGAUCGACCGCAAGAAGGAUAUGGAGAAGAAGAAGAGCAACCUGGAGCUGUUUAAGGACGAACUGAAGCGGAUACAGGAAGAAAGAGAAGAGCGUCACAAGUAUAAAGGAGUAGUCAAGACCAUAGUUGAUGAUGGCAUGCCCACGAAAACAUCAGCAUUAGCAGAAGAAAUGAAAUUUGGUUCCUUUGACGAUGGUGACCCAACCACCACGAAUCUGUACCUCGGAAAUUUGAAUCCUAAGAUCACAGAGCAGCAGCUCAUGGACGUGUUCGGGCGCUACGGCCCGCUCGCCAGCAUCAAGAUCAUGUGGCCCCGGUCGGACGAGGAGAAGGCCCGCGGCAGGAACUGCGGCUUCGUCGCCUUCAUGAACAGGAAGGACGGCGAGCGGGCGCUCAAGUUCCUCAAUGGCAAGGACGUGAUGUCGUACGAGAUGAAGCUGGGCUGGGGCAAGGCGGUGCCCAUCCCGCCACACCCCAUCUACGUGCCGCCCGCCAUGCUGAAGCUGCUGCUGCCCCCUCCCCCGUCCGGCCUGCCCUUCAACGCCCAGCCAGAGGAGCGCGACAAGUUCCGCCUGCCGCACCUGAGGCCAAACGAACCAUUUCCGAGAGAUGAGAGGCUGAUUGAAGAACUGGAUAAGGUUUUGCCGCAUGCCAUGGUGAAAGUAGUGAUACCUACAGACAGGAACCUGCUGAUGCUGAUACAUCGGAUGAUAGAGUUUGUGAUACGGGAGGGGCCGAUGUUCGAAGCCAUCAUCAUGAACCGCGAGAUCAACAACCCCAUGUUCAGGUUCCUGUUUGAGAACCAGAGUCCCGCCCACGUGUACUACCGCUGGAAGCUGUUCUCGCUGCUCCAGGGCGACCUCCCCAGUCGCUGGAGGACGCACGAGUUCCGCAUGUACAAAGGUGGCUCCAUCUGGAAGCCGCCGCCCAUGAACCCCUACACGCAAGGCAUGCCCGACGAGCUGGUGGAGGUGGACGAGAAGGAGUACCGCAAAGGCAGUCUGUCCAACUCGCAGCGGGACCGGCUGGAGGACAUGCUACGCAACCUGUCCCCGGAGCGCUCCAGGAUCACGGAGGCCAUGAUGUUCUGCAUCGAGCACGGGGACGCCGCGGAGGAGAUCUGCGACUGCCUCGCCGAGUCCCUGUCCAUCCUCCAGACGCCCAUCCCCAAGAAGAUUGCACGUCUGUACCUUAUUUCCGACAUUUUGCACAACUGUGGUGUAAAAGUCACCAACGCUUCAAACUACAGGAAAGGGCUGGAGGUGCGGCUGCAGGUGGUCUUCCAGGACGUGCACGCCGCCUACAUGACGCUUGAGAGCCGGCUCAAGGCAGAGUGGUUCAAGAUGAGGGUCAUGCGCAUGUUCUUCGCCUGGGAGGAGUGGGCCGUCUACCCCAAGGAGUUCCUCAUCCGCCUGCAGAACGCUUUCCUCGGCAUCUCCUCCGCCCGGCCAGAGGGCGGGGGGCCCGGCCGCGAGGGGCCCGGCUCCGGCGGGGAGCAGGAGGCGGAGGACCUGUACGAGGAGCCCCUGGACGGCGCGGCGCUGCUCAAGGGCGCCCUCAAGCACGCGCCCGACGACGACGACAUCGACGGCGUGCCCAUGGAGGACCUGGAGGAGGACCCCGAGGGGCCCCGGGAGAGCCGGCGGCAGGACAGGCAGGAGGGGCUGCCGGCCGGCUUCGUGCCCAGCCGCUGGGAGACGGUGGACCCGCGCCAGGCGGAGGCCCAGGCCAUGACCACCAGCAAGUGGGACCUGCUGGAGCCGCAAGACGACGCUGACGGCGACGACAAGGCCGUCGCGCGCUCCGACUACAAGUCCAGGGACGGCAACGAGGAGCGCCGGGCCCGGCUGCGCGAGAUCGAGGUGAAGGCAGUGGAGUACCAGGACGAGCUGGAGUGCGGGCAGCGGUCGCUCAAGGCCGGCUGGACGAUCCAGCAGCAGGUCGAGCACUACCGCCGCAAGCUGCUGCGCAAGGCGGAGAAGGAGGGCCAGAAGGAGAAGGAGCGCGAGGAGCGCGACAACGUGUCGCAGGAGUCGGACGGCCGCGAGAAGGAGCGUGCGUCCAGCCGCAAGAAGAAGGAGCGCAGCAAGCGCAGUGACUCCUCCGAGGAGGAGUACUACCAUAAGGAGAUACCCAGCCAAAAGUCUAAGUCGAAGCGAUCAUGCAGCCCAGUCAGUCCCGAGAGCUCUCAAAAAUUCAGGUCGCCGUCCACGAGCCCGGCGCGCGGCAAGGCACGCCACUCGCACUCCCCGCGCCGCAAGUCGCGCUCCUCGCCGGCCUCCCCGCCGCCGCGCGCCAAGCACCGCGGCUCGGGGUCGCCCGCCUCCCCGCGCGCCAAGCACGCCGGCUCCGCCCGCAAGCGCAAGCACAAGCACAAGUACUAGUGCCCGCAUUAUCUGUCUAAUACAAGUUCACUGAAAUAACACCUGUCCUCUUUUUUUUUCUUUUUUAAAUAUCCCAUUGGUCCAUCCUGGCUGCGGUAUUACAGUUCUUUAACUCGCGUAUGUUGUUCAUUAUAGCUUGCUCUGAGCUUGCUGGUCUUUGCUGCGUCACCGCACACGGCCCUCGUAGGAAGUACGUAACGUGUGCUGUGCACGUGCGAACAGUCUGCAUGCGUGAGGGCGUUGAAGGACGAUCAGCCGGUCAGAAGUAACGACCCAGGACCCUGCCUCGGCCACAGACGCGAGGUACUUGUUCCCACGCCUCCCGUGUGCAGUCGGACGGAACUGAAAUUUUUGUUGAGCGGUCUUGCUCUCAAACUGCCCGAUUCGAAUCACUCUUGAGCGAUUGAGCAUACGUCAGUACUUAAUUAACUUUCAUUACAUACAGUUGGAAUCGAACUGUUCUCAAAUAUAUUCAAAAUAUGCUGCAAAUGAGGAUAUAAAAGAUUUUUUUAUCCAAAAAUGGAAAAUUUAACAGAUUGAUAUACUUAAAUGGAUUAAUGUCAUUCGCAGAGAAGCGCAGUGCUGAAAUCACGGAUGAUACGCCCUUGCUUACUCACCGCUGACGCUAUACCUAGGCACUUGUGUGAAUAGGACAGUCUCACAUGCCAGGCCAGAUGGGACAAGCUACAAGUUAAAAUGCAAGUCAGCGAACAAGAACUUUUAACAGGUUUGUUUGGGGCAAAACAUGCGCAGUCGUUACCUGAGGCAAAGAAAAGUGUUUCUCCAUUUGGUGAACCUCCAGUGUUUCCGUGCCUAGCCACAAGCUGGCCGACUUACUCCGUUUCUCGCCCAAAUACCUGCAGUGUCAGGUUCCCAGCGUCUCACAAAACAUUUCUCACUGACACGGGCAGUAGCUAGAGCCAGGCCGCUGCCGAUUUGCAAUUGAGCACUCAGCCUUAUCAAUCCUCGCAGUUGGAAUCAUGCUUGCCGAUAUUUCACACAGUUCGGCUACCAUUUUUACCCGCGGAAAGGUCACCGCUGUGUUUGAGUCGCAUCUGUAAUUUGUGGCGUACAGCUUAAAAAUUUUCACUGUAAGAGUGACCCUCGAAUAUAGGUCGUGUCAUAUUCUUCUUCAGUAGAAUUCCAUUGAUACAAGUGAUUUAUUUUUUGUUGCACUGGGCCAAACAUGGUGCUUUAUUUCAUGCACUGCUGAGAUAGUUUAAUUUAACAAUUUUUCCUUACUUGUGGCAUUACAUUUAUUUAAAAAACUAACACAGGAGAGAUUUGUGCACAUGCUCAAUCUCACAUCCGCGCGCUCGGUCCAGUGGCGAGCUGUCUGGCUUCUGGGUUCAGGGCUGGAUGUGUGUGAUGUCUCUCUGGCCCCUCGUCCCGCGGAAGGCAAUCAUCCUCCCUAGGGACGUCGCGGCUGUCAGCACUGUGGUGUUCCAAGUGCUCACGACACCCAGUAUUGGGUAGAGGCAAGACUACAUGGUGAAUAGCGAUAAAACCUAAAUAACAGCGAAAUAGCAGUACACAGCCAAUACAUCACAUAACACCGAAAUGCAAAGCAAAACACAUAAUGAAGCAAAAUUUUCCUAAUUUCCUCAAAUUGUCUGUUAAAAUAAAGAAUUGAUGUUUCUUAUAUUUUUAGUUUAUGCUAUUAUUAAAAACUAGAGUAUUAUGUAAAUACUGAGGGUUUAUAUACCGUAUUUACUCGUGUAUAGCGCGCCCUCGUGUAUAGCGCGCACCACGAUUUUUGCAACUAAUUCCAAAGAAAAAAAAAUGAAAUUUUUUUUUUCCCCAUAAAUAAAUUUUACUAACAUUUUGUGGUACCUGAUUAUUUAAAUUGAUGUGUGGUGAUGCGUCAGGAAAAUACAUAAACUCUGCUGUCUAAACGGAAGAUAAUGAAGCGCUAUAUCGUCACAACUGGUACGUGGAAGGAAGGAAGGGAGGGAGGCGUGCCGCGCUACGUUGCUAAGCUGGCGCGGAGAACUUGAUGACUCACCGGUGAGGAAUGGAGGAAGCGAAGAAGCUGGCCGGGGGGGGGGGGGGGGGGGGGGGGAACUGGUGACAACAUUCUCUCUUUCUCUCUCUCUUUUUACUACUUCUGAGCUGGCUUUCUGUAAAGGGGGGGAGGUCUAAAAAUAAACAAGAGACCAUGAUGUGCGAGCUUGCGCGCGCGUGUGCGUGUGUGUGUGUGCGAGAGACCAGCGGGCUGAUUACGAACACCAUCGACGACUAGCGUUAUUCUUCACGCGGUAACGAAACACGUAUCGCAUUUGGUGAUUACGACCCACCUUGCGAUAUGCGUUUCGUUAUUUUCCACGGUAACGCUAACCUGCGAUACGAAUCCAUGACGUCAGAGGACAAGCAACAAUUGAACAAUUAAUAUGUUCGUCGAACAGACUAUUUUGUAAGUGAAUCAUGAAUACUUAGUGUUACUGAGAACAAAAUAAUCUUUUUUAAUGCACUAAUUUCUUAAAUAAAGUAUUUAAAGCUUUUUUGCUGCCUUUUUCGUAGAAGUUUAAAUUAAAAAUGCAGUUAAAGAUUUCGCAUCGUCAUUGUGGCUAACUGCGUCUUGCCAUGUAAACAUAAACAUCGAACGAGAAGCAUGUUUAAACUUCAAUAGAAUGAAAAUGAGGCCACUCUACAGGUUACAAAAUUAAAGGAACAACUAAUUACCACGAACCCGUGUCUGUUUUUAUUUUACCUAUUAUUGAUAUGAUAUGAAGAAUGGAAUUUAACAAAUAUUUAGUCAAGUUUGGUGUGCUUGUGUAAAAUCAUAACCUUAUACUUCAAAGUUAUACAUAUAUGUGGUUAUUAGCAUACUUAAUAAAAACAACACUUUUUAACAUAUUUCCAGCGGUGAGCUUUCUAGUUUAUGUAAUCUAAUCAGUUAAAAUUUUAUAAAUAUAUUUUAAUACUCAUGUGCUUUCGUGGAUUUUAUAUACAAGUGUUUUGAAACAAUGUUUCCAAGAUAUUAGUACCAUUCGUAAAUAAAAAUAAUUUUGCUAAUAUUUAUAUCAUAGGUCACUCAAACAUUUUUUACUCCCUUCGUACACUUGGUAAAGUUUAAUUACAGUAAAUUAUUUAAAUUUGUGGUUUUCUUGAUUAGAGUGCACAUGCCGCUAUUAAAGAGGACACUGUGUUGAAUAUUUGUGUUCUCAGUUAAAAUAAGCCUUAGAGUGGCACUGGUAAAGUUACUGCUGCCCAACAGAAAUCAUGGUGUGGUUUAUUAAGAGCCACAGAGAGUUUGCAGCCAAUUUUUCUUCAAAUAAUGAAUGUGAAGCUUGCAUGUAUCUGUGGAUUUAACUGGCAAAGAGGCUUAACAAACGUUUAGGGACAUUAAAAACCAUUAACAUUGGCAAAAUAUUAGUUUUCUUAUUAUUUUUUUCUUUAGUGAAUAUAGCGUUACAAUUUUUAUGUAAGCAGCAGCCUUCAAUUACAAUGGAGAAGAUAUGGGCUACUUUUUGUAUUUUCAUUUUUUGAAGUCUGUUUUAAACUCUUCAGUGUGUUAGGUUGCAUAUUCUAAGGAUAAAAUUAGGCCCAUAAUUUUUCAAUUUAAAAAGAUUGACAUUUUAAACAGUUAUUAUGGAACAGUUCUUGAAAAUUUUCAGUGUAAGAACAGUAUUUUUUUUUAUAAUCUGAGGAUAUGAAAGUUCAUUGCUAUGUUUUUUUAAUUGCUGUUUAAUUUAAUCUCACCAAUGACUUAAACAAGUGAAACUAAGUACUGAGUAAUUAGAGUAAGUACUGAAUAAGUACUGAGUAAUUAGAGUAAGUACUGAAUAAGUACUGAGUAAACAACAUUGUUUUCAAGAUGGCAUUCAAGUUGGUUAAUGAUCCAACAUGUAUGUAAAUUAUUAAUAUGCUGCAAUUAUUUUAAAAACUGUCUUGAAAUAUUCAAUAAUUUUAAUUCUCCGCCCCCCCCCCCCCCCCCUUUUCCCAUUAAGAUAAAUUAAUAGAUUACUUUUUCUCAGCAAGUUUAGAAAUUGAUGGUUUAAUAUGUAAAAUAAUAUUCAGUUUGAACAAUUUCUGAUGUACAUGCAUACCAAUUAUUUAAUCCAUUUUUUUUUAAAUUCAGUAAUGGAUCAACAUGAUGUAUGCUGUAAUAAAAAGAACAGCUUAAGCAAUAGCUGCUAAGAUAACAGCUGGCAAUAUUAUCCAAGUUAUAUUUCUGAGCAGCCUUGACCAGAGAAUUAUCCAAAUCUUCGGUACAGCAUCAUCAUUGGGAAUGAUGUAGAUUCUAGAAGGUGGUUUUGUCCCUCAACCUCUGGUAGACAUUAUAUUGUGGUAGUCAUGCAUUUUGUUUAUCCUAUACUUUUCCAAAUAUUUAUUUGAAAAUUAAAUAUAUAUUUUUUUCAAUACUGGUAUGCUUCCAAUUUGGUUUGAGAUUGGUGUAGUGGGUUUAAAAUAAGAGUGGUGAAAAUUAAGUAGUUAAGAUACCUGAAAGUUGACAGAGAGAAAUUGGAGGUGUGCUACAUUUAAAAUGAAACACAAAAAAAUGACUUGCAUGAACAUGGAAGUGUUAAUAGUUCAUAUUAAAAAAAAUUAAAAUUGAAGUUGUUCUACUCAGAAGUGUAUGCAGAAUUUUGUUAUGAGGGAGGAAGGAGGAUGGGGAGGAGGAAAGUGGUAUAGAAGCACUUAGCCUGCUGUUGGCUUUAUUUUUUUUUUGGGGGGGGGGGGGGAAUAUAGAUUUUUCUUUUAGGAUUUUGGGGGAGGCAUAUAUUCCUCUUGCCCCUACAUAUACCCCUGGUAGGUUCAUUAUUAAAACAAGACCUCUUACAAUCCUUGUGUUUUCAUAAGAUAGCCAAGAAACCUAAGAGUUUUUUUAUGCAUAUUUGUUAUAAUAGCCAUCAGUCACAAUCAGUUACAUAUUAAUUUACUGUAUUAGUCUUUUAUUUAAGUUAAAUUUUACUUAAUAUAGUUAAAUAAGCUGUUCAAAGGCUUCAUCACAUAUUUUAAGAAACAUUUGAUUUGAUCUCUAAAUACUAUCUCAAAAAUUGCUUAUUUUAAUAUUCACACACAUCUAAGCACAGAUUUAAUGGUUAUUGGUUAUUCUGAUGAUAAAUAGAAAGAUAAGAACAGUGAGUGAUGAUAACAAUUCAUAAGAUGCAGAGUGUUGACUGGGGAGGUGCAAGGAAUGGAGCUGUACCAAACUUUAUCGCAAGAUGAAUCAUACUUACUAAGUCAAUAUUUGUUCCUGAAUUAUCUAACUAAAUGCAAUGUGUGCCAUUUAAUUUGUUUGUACUUGUCUCGGUCUCAAUAAACAUACCUACAUUGAUUCUAAAAUUACAAUAAUAAAAAUUAGUUCAAAAUAUUUUUUUUAUAUUCAUCCACAUGAAACAAUGUCUAUACUGUAUACAAAUGGGCUCACUGGCAACAACUAGCAGUUGUACCUGCUGGAACUUGCAUUGAUAGUCAGCUAGCCUAAUGAAAUUCUUCCAUGUUAUAUCUUGUUUACACAAAAAAAAAAGUAAAGAAUGGUUAUAUACAAGCAUUGUGAAAUCUUUGACUGGAAAAACCUUGAUAAUACUUUUAGUCAGCAUACUUUAUAGAAUGUGUGCUUUGUUAUUAGCACCUCCUUUAUUAUAACCCUGCCUUUAUAAUACCUAGUGUAACCUAUACAAUUCAUACUGGUAAUGAUUAACAGUACAAUUUAAAAAUAAUAAAAAAAAGAGCAGCAUUCAAGAAAGAUAGCUGGCAGCUGAUGAGAAGCAUUGGGAAUAUGUGCUUCUGAAAUGGUAACAAGCAAUUUGAUUAAAAAUGCAUCAAAGAACUUAAAGAAAAGUUAAAAGGCAUGCUGGAAGCAUGUGCUAAAAUUGCCAAUUAUGAGAAAAUAUUGUGUUAAGAAAUCAUUUUUUGUAUCCUUACAGUCAUGUGCAUUGAUUUUUUUUAUUGGACAGGCUAUUAAUAGUUAAUAUUAAUAAUUGUUUAAUUAUAACCAUCCAUGGAAAUAAUUGAGCUAUUAAAUAAUACACUCUUUGUAAAUAUUUUUCGUUUAAAACCAAAACAAAGUCUGAAAUUGCAAAAUUUUUAAAUAAAAAACCUGUAAACAUGAAGCAGCACAUGUAUGUAUGAGAUUUACUUUAAAUAACAACCUAUCAUUAAAUGAUUCAUAGUAUCUAUUUUUUACACACAAAAAAAAACAAUGGUUCAAAAAAGCCACUGCCAACUCUCUCAGGACAAUGAGAUCAUCUGCUGAAACCAGAAAACAAAAAGUUAGCAUGUGUUUAAUAUAAUAUCCAAGUUAUACUCAAAAGUAACAUGGAAAUGAGUGAACACUAUUUUCAUUUCACAAUUUCUUUAAUAAAUGCAACAAACUUGAUAACAAAGUAUUUAUUAAAUUGCAUAGCUUGUUUCUUAAUGUUUCUUCAUUUUCUAAGGUUUUCCAGCUGCUAUGAGGGUGCAAUCUGGCAAUUCGAAGGGAUUUUGAUGGUUUCUUAACAAUCUUCUCUGCCUUCUCCUCCAGUUCGAUAUUUAGCAGAAAGGCAGCAAAGGCCAUUGUGUAGAACCUGAAAUAUUUUCAAACAUUAACUAAAUUAGUGUAAUAUAGUUUGGUAGGCUACUAAUUGUUAACAAGAGGGCCUGAUUAAUAGAAAUAAUUUUUAAUAUGGUAUUAUUGAGCUAAUAUUCCUCGAUGUAAUGCAUAACUGCAUUCAUUUUUCUUUAAUUUCUAAAAACAAUUUUAACUUUUUGACUUCUUUUCCAACAAUUCUCCAUGAGUGUGUUGUAAUUCCUUAAGCAGUUAAACUAGAAAAAUGCCAUUUUAAUAGCUUGUUAGGUUAGGUAAAUCAAAAAAUUUAAUACAUGAGAAUGAUUGGUUGGCUUAAGUAAGCUACAUUAAAAAUACUGUGUGAUUUUGUGAACUGUUUCUUAAGUUAUGUUACCAACAAAAAUAAUAGGUAUAAACUGUAGUGUGGUUGGUUAGGUUAGAGUUAGCUGUGUUACAAUAUAUAAUUCUUAAAAACUGUUUAAAUGAGUUCACAGUAUAUUUAAUAUAACUACCAUAACCUAAUAAACUGUCUACACUACUUUCAAGUACUGUAUUUGUAGUUAACCUAAUCAAACCAGCCAUUCCCACCAUUAAGUUUGUUAGAUGAAUUAAAAAUAACAAAAAAAUAGUGUGGAUCUGUGUGAAUGGUUAGUUAAGAUAGGUUAGUUACAUUAAUUGUACUACAAAAUAUGUGUGGAUGGUUGGUUAGGUGAGGUAAGCUUAAUUUUCUAUUAGUAAAACAAUGUUACAGUAUUGAUAGCCUAUGUUAAUUAUUGGAAUCAAUGUCUGAAAACUGUUAAUAAAUUAAAAAAAAAAAACAUAUGGAAAAGUAGCUUUUCACCAGAUUUACCUCAUUAUACAAUAUUUAAAAUGCAGCUAACCUAACCAAAUGUAGACAUGAAUAGAUUUGCCGUAUUUGAAGUGUAGCUAACCACACAUAACCAACAAUUUAAACAGUAAACAACUUGAAAUAUCUCAACAGAAAUAAGUAUCAAGGUUAAUAAUAGGAACUCAAAAUUACCGUUUUCAUAAACUUAUUUUUAUAAUAAAGCCUCGCCUCCCCUACAUAAAAGCUCGAAAUGUUAUUUAAUAGAAUCAUCCUGCUUAAGGAGGGGAAUUCCUAAAUAAAUUAUUCAUCAAGUUAUUUGUUUUAUGAUCAGCCCCACUUGUUUACAAUUACCAAUGUUAACACACUUAGGUAAUAGAGCCAAUAUGUAAAUGAAUGAGCACAAAUUAAAAAUUUCUUGCACAAUUGAACACACAAGGAGGCCGGAAAUAGCUUUCUGAAACUAAAUAGAGAAAUAUACCAUUUACUGUCUGAAGUCUACAAGCGCACAGAUUAAACAAAAAUGCAUGUUGAGCCGUUCGUAGGCAACGGUUGAGCAAAUACCCAAACACAAAAUAUGCAUAAGCAGCCUAUUUGAACUAUUUAUAGCUAUGUUAUGUUCAUAAUGUGCGUGUAAAUAAUAUCGCUCUUUAGGUUAGGAUUAAUUUGAUAAGCUAUGACACGGCAUUUAUUUAUUCUUCUUACCUACUUUGAUCGUAUUUAAACCACUUCAUAAUUAUUCCACACAAACUAUGCAUUGAAAACAAUGAUUUCAUGGUACAAUUAAUAAACAGAAAUAGCAUGUUAAAAAUAAUGUUCGCGUGUUAAAUAUACACACGCUAACCUAAAACAAUUGUUUUCGUUUAACUUCAUCGCUUUACAUCGUACUCGACUAUAUUUAAAACAAUAAUGUGCGAUUAUAAUGCCGUUUUUAGGACGGGAGGACAUUAUUUUUAAGAGUAAUUAUAUCACUUACCUCACAAUCGCUUCGUAUCACCACUUGAAAUGCCCGUGAUAUAUAACGUAGCUCCGGUGCGAUAAAUAUCACUUGAAAAGUGUGCUCGUAAUCAAAGUUUGCGAUAUAUACCGCCACAACGUCAUCAAUAUUCGAAGUUUAACGAAACACGAUGUGUUCGUAAUCACGUUGCUGGUUCCUGCGAUAUUCUUCGCAAACCUUCGUUAUUUAUCGCAACUUAUAACGCAAAGUGUGUGCUCGUAAUCAGCCCGCAGGUUGUGAGUUGUGUGUGUGUGUGAAACAGAGGCCUUGUUGCUUGUGCGUAUGUGUGGGGGCUGGCCAGAAACGUCACCCGUCACCCGGCAGUUAACGACUACCACUCCUCCCCGCCUCCCCCCCACCCCAAAUUUUUUUUUUCCGUGUAUAGCGCGCAUCCUUAUUUUUUUCCUUUACUUGAGGGGAAAAAAGGGCGCGCUAUACACGAGUAUAUACGGUAUAUAAAGUAAAUAAAUUUCAAUCAGUCUAUAGCUGAUACCUACAGACAUGGCUAAAGGCCUACACAGAAAAAUGUGAUGUUGGGUUUUUAAUAAGAAUGGUCCUAUAGAAUACUUCAAUCCCACGAAUCUCUGGUAUUCGAAAGAUUCUGGAUUCGAGGAUAAAGAUUCAAAUUUGAGGUAAAGAUUAUAUAUAUAUAUAUUGGAGUAAAAAUAGUAUAUUAAAAAAUUCAACACUGGUAAGCUCUUUUAAGUUUACUAGGCUUAUUUAUGUUUAAUUUUAUACCGAUUCUAAUACAGUUGCCUAAAAUAUUAUUCUUUUAAUUUAUAAUUAUAAGUAAAUUAAAUACAUUUCAUGUACUCAUCUGGAAGACUUAGUUCAUGAAAUGAAUAUAAAUGUAUAGAUUGACAUAUUUAGGGACUCAAAAAUAUGUUGAAGCAUGGAAUUCACAGACAAUGUUCUGUUGUUUUUGAUGUUUUUCACUACAUAUCUCAAAAGGUUUUUGGAAAAUAAAGUUUUGUGCGGAAACCAUCUGUUUGUGCAAGUUGAUCGAAAAGUCACGUGGAAGGUCGUAGAUAUUUAACACAGGAAACAAAUUUCUAUAACUAUUAUCUCGAAGUAGAAUUUAUUUACUACAGAGCGCAUUGAUUUUAUUUUUGAAUGCCACAAAUGCAAUAAGAUGCUUUUUGUGCUGUGUUUGAAUUUCUGUAUCUUCUUAUUUUUGGGUUUUUAGAACGGGAGGGAAAAAAAGGAUGUCUUUGUUUACAGUAAAAGCUGCAACACAUUUUAUAUUCAUACAUACCUAGUUUUACAUACGAUUCUUUCAAUACUUAACGUGGUACCAAAAUUUAGUUUUUCAAAUUGGAAAAUACAUAAUUUUCCAGUAAAUGUUCGAACAGAAUUGAAAAAUAAUAUGAUAACUUGAUAACCUACCAUCUUGUGUGUUUACACUUAACAUUUUAUAAAUCUCAUGGGUUAGGCCAAGAAAUAAUUGUUAAUAAUAUGUGAAGACUUGAUACAAUGUGUUUAACGUGCGUGUACUUCAUUUAAUACCUACCACGUGUUUUAAUGAUUCAAUAGUAAGUUAUUUUAAUUUUUUUGGUUGAUUCUAAGAAAGUUAUGGAGAUGAUCUUAUGUAUAUUUUUUGGGAUAGUUUCUGAAACCAUAACUGUUUUUAUUUUGUAAAAACAAUCGGUAAUUCUUGUUUUAUUUGAGGAGGGGGAACCUGGAAAAUAUUUUUCCAAUUUCCUGGCAUGUUUUCAAAUCAUUCUGCAAUAUGGCAUUGUGAUAUUGUAAAAUCAGGUGGUUGAUAUAGGUUAGCGACAUUUAAAAUACUGUAAAAUCAUUAGAAAUUACCAAUUUAAAAUGUUGCUAACAAUCUCAGCAACAAACAAGUGCUUAGAAAAAGCAUUUUAUCUUUGUUAAAAUUUUUAUUUAUUGAAACCAGGAUGCGGAUUCAAGGAGUGAUUUGAGAUUCGAAUUCGAGAUUUGGAUUUGAGAAACUUGGGAUUUGGUCCAUCACUAGUUUUUAACUUUGCAUUUUUUAUUCAUAUAAAUAGUAUUGAAAUAAUAAGCCAGUGACAAAAAGUAAAAUUUUUGAUUGCAGCUUUUUGUUUAACUUACUCUUAUCAAUAUAUGUAGUGGUUUUUUUUUGUACACAUUUCAAGUGUUUCCACAAAUUUGUGUAGCAGUUUAUCAAUGUUAUUGUGCAUAUGUUUAAUCUUUAAUGACGAUGAAGACAAAAUCCGUUAUAAAAUAUUGCCUCUAGUAAUGGGUAACCUGUUCAUCAUUCACUCAGCCACAUACUGCAGUGUUAAUUUUUUUUUACGUUACCCAAAGAUAUGAACUUAAUCUGUUCAGAUAAUUGAUUUGCAUGGCUCAGGUUAUUUAAAAAAAGUAUGAAGGCAAGAAACCAGAAAGGAUGAUCGGUAGCAGUUAUCAGCAUGAUCAGCAGCAAGCGGUCGCUAUCGGCGUGAUGUGGAAAUUCCCUGAUCGCCCCAGCUCUAGUUUCAACUGUCUGUACUGAACAUGGUAAAACUGUGUCUGUUUCACAGAUUAAUCAUGUUUGAGCACUACACUGAUUCUCUAUAAAUAUGUGUGAAUUCCUUAAGUGUAAAAGUGCAUGUUUGCAUAAUUGUGUGUGUGUUGUGCAUUGCAUCCAGUUCAUUUUUAAUUGCAGACUUGUGUUUUUUUCAUACAUUUUAGUUCUACACUGGAAAUUGUACUGAUAUUUAAAGGAAAAAUGCUAUAUACAUUUUCGUAAUUUUAUUUGUUUAUGUUUUUUUUCUGUGAUAUUUGUUCAUGAAAUUGGAAAUUCAGUUGUUCAACAGUAAUAAUAUAUAUUUUUUUAAAUCUGAAUACAUCAUUUUCGGAAACUA